CUUUUCUGUGUUACACGUUUGAACAAACAGUUGAUGGACGUUUUAAGACCAGCAGCUUCUCAAUAGACAGCAGUACAACAAUGGCGACUUGUGCUGUGAGAGGAGGAUGUCCCAGUGACUACAUAGCCAUCUCCGUCGCCAUCGCCUCUAUAACCUUACUACUUGGAAAAUCGUUGUCGCCAUAUCUGAUCCACAAAAUCCCUAGGCCUAGAGGAAGUAGCUUCUGGCUUAUGGCAAUUCAAGUUUUUGCCAGCUUCAACCUUUUGUUAUCAAUUUUGAUGUCCCUGCAUUUCCUAAAAAUUGGAAAGAGGAAGCAGUGGACUUCUUGCUAUCUUUGGGCAGUCUGGGUAGAGGGGCCGCUUGGUUUUGGUUUGCUGUUGUGCUGCCGCAUUGCACAGGCAUUUCACCUAUAUUUUGUAUUUGUGAAGAGACGUCUGCCACCUAUUAGAUCUUAUAUAUUCCUCCCAAUGAUUCUCCUCCCAUGGAUUGCUUGUGGUUAUUUUCUUCACAAAGAAAAGCCUUUGAACAACCAUUGCCACAUGCGGAUUCAAUGGAUCAUUCCAGUUAUUUCCCUUCAUGCGUUAUAUGUUGCCACUUUGAUUGGUUUUACAGGAGCAGUUCGACACAUCAAGUUUAGAUUCGAAGAGCUAAAGGCCCUCUGGAGAGGAAUACUUGUUUCCACUGCUUCCCUUGGUGUUUGGGUAGUUUCCUACAUUCUGAAUGAGAUUUAUGAGGAAAUAAGUUGGCUACAAGUUGCUUCCAGAUUUUUCAUAAUGGUUAUGGCUAGUGUGCUGGUGCUGUUGUUUUUCACCUUUUCAAUUUCUCAACCACUUGUCUCGCUUAUGAGUUUGGCAAAGAAGGACGAAAGGGAGUACCAGACAAUGGGUCAGGCACUGGGAGUAGGGGAUAGCGGGCUUCUAUAUCAAAGGGAGUUAUCAUGGGAUUUCAACUCAAAUGAACCUUUGGAUAAGCUUUUGCUAAACAAAAGAUUUCGUGAAUCCUUCACGGAAUUUGCGGACAGUUGUUUAGCUGGGGAGAGUGUCCACUUUUAUGAAGAACUUCAACAGUUCGAUAAAAUACCUAUCGACGAUACUGUUGGGAGAAUAUAUAUGGCACGACACAUUAUCCAGAAGUACAUCGUUGCAGGUGCACCGCUGGAGGUGAAUAUAUCACACCAUUGCCGGCAGGGAAUUUUGACUACUACCGAUCUAGCUCAUCCACAACUCUUUCACAGCGCUCUUGGUGAACUUAUGCAUUUGAUGAAACUGACUUUAGCAAGGGACUACUGGGCAUCACCGUUUUUCCAGAAGCUGAAAGAUGAGGCAAGUAUGAGAACUGUUCAUCAUGAUACAGAAGAUAGUGGAUGGAAUUUCUCUCCCAGGUUAAGUUCUGUUCACUGUGCAGAGAACCCUUUUCAGCAUGAGCAUAGCCCAGUCGACUUAGCUGGUAAACAUCGUGAUUUAGGGUUGGAAUGAGAAGGGAUAGAAUAUAUUUACUGUUAACUUACAUGCUAUAUACUCAAGCAUUUUUUAAGAGCACAAAGGCGAGUGAAGAUUACUAACCCCCGUAAAUACCGAAAGACUCAGAAUUCAUUAUUCACCUCCACGCCUCGACAUGCUUUGACAUGCUCCCUGCAUAUAAGAUAUAUGGAGCCAGGCAGGAAGAGAUGUUGGAAUUCCUCCUGUGUGGUGCUAGCCGUACUGUUUGUAGCUUGAAAGGGUACUAGUAGUUUGUUGAGCUUUAUAUUGCUUCUUGUUAGCUCUCAAAUGUGAAACACUUCGAGAUCGAAUGCUAACUUUGUUUUGUUAUCCCUGCUCCUUCUAACUUGUUUCACAAUUGGUGUAAACCAAGUCUAUAUGAUCAUUUUGUAUAUUUGGUAACAAAAAUAUACUCAUUCUUGGGAUAAACUUGUAUUUCUUUCAUACUAAAUCACAAAUUACUCUUGUUUAAUUAA